AACCAUGAAGAGGUUAACCACGUUCAUUGUUCAUGCACAGGAUUCAGCCGUACCGUGAGCUUGCAAGUAAACAUGGCUACUAAACAACGACAGAUCAGAAAGAAACGAGCAAUAAAAAACUGUAUAAAAUUUUGAAAGCGCAGCUUCAUGCCUUUAUAUUAUUGCGCCCGCAAAGGUGUCAUUUACAAUUAUUUACUCCAUACGAAUAAUGAGCAUACCUCGGUUGCACUGAUUAUCUAUUUAUAUACCCCAACCAUAAUUAUGGUUGUAGUCGACGCCCAUCACCUCAAACUCUCUCUUCUGCCUUUCCUUGUACUGUUCUCGCUGUGUUGUUUGAGGUUUUGACAAGUUAUUGGGAGGGUUUUGUGUGUAGCAAAUGGCCAUGGCUAAGUUUGUUGCUGUGUUGCUCUUUGCCCUCAUUGCAAUCUCCUUUCUACAAACCAUGGUAAUGGCGUCUGAUGGGCAUGGAGGUCAGCACUAUAACAAUAGAAACAAAUAUGGCCCAGGGAGUCUCAAGAGCUACCAAUGCCCGUCGCAAUGCACGAGAAGGUGCGGCAGAACCCAAUACCACAAGCCCUGCAUGUUCUUCUGUCAGAAGUGCUGCGCAAAGUGCCUGUGCGUGCCCCCCGGCUAUUAUGGCAAUAAAGCUGUGUGCCCUUGCUACAACAACUGGAAGACCAAGGAAGGUGGCCCCAAGUGCCCUUAGAAUUCAACCCAUCUCUCGAGGAAUCUCUCAACUCUCGCUCCCGCCCUUUUCACUGCAACUUUACUGCUAGCUCUAUCUAAUUAUCUAAUUAUAUAUGUCUGUGGUUCUUUUGAGAUGGGAAAUGUAAUGUUUUGUUGGGUCGAAAGACUUCAAAGAGACACUGCUGUAUCAAUCAGUCACAGUCACUCCUUAGGAGUUUUGCCGAAAUGAAUAAUGAGUGAGGCUAAUCUAUACAGUAAACGUGAAA